UUAAUGAUCAGCUAUGCUUUUAUAUUUGUUUACAUGUGAUAUUAAAGAGAAGUUUAUGGGGAAAAUUUAGACAAAUCCAGAAUCUAAGAGUUCACAAAUUGAUAAAGACAUGAUGCCUUGCAAAACUAUUUGAUAUUUAUCAGUCUUUUCGGCAUUGAGUUUUGGGCAAACCAUACUUAAAUUAGAAAUAUUUUCUGAUUGAGGGAUUUAAUAUCAUACUGCCACUUUCAUUUCACAUGAAGUUUAUAGGAGAAACAGAAUAGAAGAACAUGAAAAUAUACAAAUCGAAAUCUUCUCUCUGUGUUUUUAUCUUUCAUUUUUGGGUUCUAUAAAGAAUAAACAAAGGUUUUAAGCAUCAAUUUGUUUAGAGAUAUAUAGACUGAAAAAUACUCUUAGUUAUAAGUUUUAGAAUUAAGGGAGGGACAAAUUCAAGAAUGGAAAAAAAUAGUUAAAAUGUUUAAUAAUUCAUAUAAAGAAUGAAAAAUAAAAGUAUGAGAAGAGCACGAGGAAGAAGAAAGGCUACCUUUGACAUGGUAAUCUACUACUGUCAUUUUGUAACGGAUAAAAAAAAGGAAAAGAAAAAACGAUAUUUAACAUGAAAUCAUCUUUAUGUGUGUAUUACAGUGAAAAGUCUUAACUAUUUAAAUUUCUCAUCUUUUAUGUUGAUAGGAAUGAAUUAGAGUUUAUUCAGGACAUCAUUAAAUGGGUGGACUCAAUAAUGGUGAAUCGUACAUUUCUUAACGUUGCAAAGUAUCCAGUUGGAAUAGAGUCUCGUGUACGAGACAUUUAUCAACAUUUAAGUAUGGGAAGGAAUGAUAUUAUAUGCAUGGUAGGGAUAUUUGGAACCGGUGGAAUUGGCAAGACUGUUAACUAUUGCAAAAGAGAUCUAUAACAUGAUUUCUUAUCAAUUUGAAGGAAGUUGUUUCUAGAAAAACAAUAUUAGAGAAACUUCAAAAGUAGGAGGUCUAAUCCAGCUGCAAAAAACACUUCUUUAUGAGAUUUUGGGAAUAAGUUUGGAUUUUCAUGAUAUUGACAAACACAUCAAUGUGAUUAGGCAUAGACUUUGCUCUAAAAGGGUUCUCCUAAUUCUUGAUGAUGUGGAUGAAUUGGUCGAACUAGAAACAUUACCUGGAGCUCUUGAUUGGUUUGGUUCAAGAACUAGCUAGAAUCAUCAUAACAACAAGAAAUCAACAUUUAUUAAUAUCUCUAAAGUUGAUUCAAAAUACAAGUUGAAGAUUUUGGCCAACGAUGAAGCUCUUAAGCACUUUAGCUUGAAUGCUUUUGAGAAAGUUGAACCACUUGAUGAAUAUCAUGUUGAACUCUCUAAACAAGUAAUGCAAUAUGCUUGAGGUCUUCCACUUGCUUUAACAGUGCUAGGUUCAACUCUAAAAGAUCAAAGCAUUCAUUAAUGGAAAAGUGUAUUGAAUAAAUAUAAACAAAUACCCAACAUAAAUAUUCAGAGUGUACUUCAAGUAAGUUAUGAUGGAUUGGAAGAUAAUGAGAAAGACAUGUUUCUUGAUAUUGCAUGUUUCUUCAAAGGAGGAACUUUGGCUGAUGUCAUUAAAAUAUUUGACAAUUGUGGUUUCUCUCUUGAUUAUGGUAUUCAGAGGCUUAUAGACAAGUCUCUUAUCCAAGUUGAUGAGUGUAAUAAAUAUUUUUGGAUGCAUGACUUGCUACAAAAUAUGGGUCGAGAAAUUGCUACAAUGUAUUCUCUCCUGUACCAUGGUACCAACAAAAUCUAAGGCAUUAUAGUAGAAAUGCCCUUCGUCCUUUCCCCAAUGUUUGGGAUCCUUUGCAGGUACCGUUUUAUAGAAGUUGCAGAGCCAAUGUUGUAUACAAGCACUAAAGCAGAGAACAUAAAAGAAGAAAAAUGGAUUGAAUUAUUUUGGGAUUUUUAGUACUCUUGGAAUCCAAUCCAUAGCCUUACAUGGAAGGAAAAAGGGAUUCUUAAACUUGGGGCAUCAACUUCCAGAUCUAGUGGAGAAGGACUAUGAUGAUCCAAAGGUAAACUUGAAGUUAGAGCUUCGACUUGGUAUCAAGCAUGAAUUUCAAACAUUAAUUAGCUUGUAAGCUUUUUACUUUGUUCAUUUACUGAUAGCCAUUAGUUCGUUUUCUUGGAUGAUGAAUUCAAGUGUUGUGCUGCCCUGAAAGUUUUCUUCUAUAUCCUUAAUACAGCAAGUAUAUGCUAAAAACACUCAGCUGAAAAAUCAGAAAACACCUCUCCUCAUUCCAUUAAAAAAUUCCCAUAAAGUUGGAGUGCAACAUAUACUACAAAACAAAUAAGUAUUCAUCGAUAUGCAUGCAUAAUACAUAUUUGUCGUAAUGUCUCUGUAUUUUGUGUUGUUUUCUAAAUUCACCAUCCAACACCAGCCUCAUAUGGUACUAACCCUUUGUAUUUUGUGUUUAUAUCAAUUUUGUAUACCCCUUGGACGCUGGGCACAAAAUUUACCAUAAAAGUGAGCCUAGACUUGUAGCCUUUGUAAAUUAGGCAUAGUUGUAAUGCGACUGUGUUUCAGAAAAUUGGAUUCCAUCGUUAAGAGUCCUUGAUGAUUAGUUUUAGAAACUGAUGAUGAGCUACAUAUACCAACAAUCUUUAUGAUUUAUUAGAAAUUGAAAUUGUUAAGAGUUCAGUUAAUACCCAACUGAGGGGAAGAGAAGCAUGGGUAAUAGAUGUUGAAGGACCACACUAUUUUGAGGAGAUAAGUGGAAUUGUAUUGUAUCCUGUUCUGUUAUUUUAAGAACAUGGUAUGUCUAGGUGUUUUAUUUAUGGUUUCCCAAUGAUAAUCCCGGGAGGGGUACCAUUUUAAGCCAAUAUGGUUGGAAUGUCUUCAUCUCUCUUCAACUUUGAAUGAGCUUGGAAUCCAAUCCUUAGCCUUAACCAUGAGAAAAGAGGUAUUCUUCAACCUGGGGCUCCAAACUUCCAGAUCAGAUGGAGAAGGACCAAGCGAUAGCGAAGGAAGAGAAAAGGGGAUAGGAGAACAGAGAUGAAGCGGCUUACCUUCCUUUCAUUCCUAUAUCUCCUGCUACUUCCUCACUCCUCAGCACUUGGGAGUAUGUCCCCUGGUCUGGCCCAGCUGAUGAAAGAUCUUGUUUUUAUUAUGAUGAUUGAAAGGUAGAUGAGGAGUCAAAGCUUUGACUUGGAAUCAAACACAAUCCAUUGUUUGAGAUGGAUGAAUGACUUGUAUGUUUAAAAGAGCUGAAUCUUAAGAACACUCCCCAACUGCCACUAUCAAACAUCUCUCUCUCUCUCUGGUUAUUUAUACAGUUGAACAAUUUGGAGUUAGCCUUCAACCUUGCUAAAAGUGGGGAAUCUUCCUGCCACCAAUUAGCUUCUUGCAGGUGCAUACAAGAGUAGUGUUUAUGUAAAAGAGGGACAAGGGAGCUCAUGUGGGAACUCGGACCCCCAACAUACGUGCGCACACUUGAUUACUGAUAUGUGGGAGUAGGAAGAGAAAUAUUGCUGAUUUUUGUGGUGAGCAGAAAUAUUGCUCUGCACUCCAGGGAAUCAAUACUUACAUUGAUGAGCACCUUGAAAGAGGAAAGGAAAUUUCAUCGGUACUUCUCAAAGCUAUUGAGGAGUCAAGGAUUUCGAUUAUCGUUCUUUCUGAAAACUAUGCAUCAUCCACAUGGUGUUUGGAGGAGCUGAUGAAGAUUCUCGAGUGCAGAGAAAUGAAACAACAAAUAGUUUUACCAGUGUUUUAUAAAGUGGAUCCAUCAAUAGUGCGGAAACAAAAGAAAAAUUAUGGAGAGGCAUUGGCCAACUACAAAGACAAGUUGAAUGAUGAUACGAAGGUGGAUAGCUGGAAGGCUGCGCUAAAAGAAGUGGCUGGCUUGUCUGGGUUCCAUUUAAAGAAGGACGGGAAUGAAUAUGAAUUUAUCCAUGGAAUCAUUCAACUGGUGGACUCAAAAAUAAUAAAUCAAACAUACUUUGAGGUUGCCAAUCAUCCAAUUGGAGUGGCAUCUCGUGUGCAGCAUGUAUAUUCCCUUUUAAGCAUUGGAGAGAAUGAUAUUGUACAUAUGGUAGGGAUCUUCGGAGUUGGGGGAAUUGGAAAGACAACUAUUACCAAAGAGGUAUAUAACAUAAUUUCUUCCAAAUUUGAAGGUAGUUGUUUCUUGAAAAACAUUAGAGAAACUUCGAAGAGCGAGUAUGGUCUGGUUCAACUGCAAGAGACUCUUCUUUCUGAUAUCCUAGGAGCAUCUUGGGUUGGUAAUAUUGGCCAAAUCGACAGAGGAAUCAAUGUGAUAAAGAAUAAACUUUGUUAUAAAAGAGUUCUUCUAAUUCUUGAUGAUGUAGAUGAUUGGGGACAGUUGAAAGCUUUGGCCAGAAAUCGUGAUUGGUUUGGUUCAGGAAGUAGAAUCAUUAUAACAACAAGGGAUCAAAAUUUACUAAGUAAUCAUGAAGUUGAUGCAACAUAUGAAGUGGAGAAAUUGAACCAUUAUGAAGCUCUAAAGCUAUUUAGUGUGUGCGCCUUUAAAAGAGAGAAACCGCUUGAUGAUUACAUGAAACUUACCCAACGUAUAAUACGUUAUGCUGGGGGCCUUCCACUAGCUUUGGAAGUGCUUGGUUUGGAUCUACGUGGUAGAAGUAUAUAUGAAUGGGAAAGUGCUUUGGAAGAAUACAAAAGAAUUCCUCAUGAGAAGAUUCAAAAAAUACUUAGAAUGAGCUAUGAUGGUUUGCGUGAAAGUGAGAAGAAUAUUUUUCUUGACAUUGCAUGUUUCUUUAAGGGAGUGAAGGUAGAUUAUGUGAUGAAAAUAUUAGAUGGUUGUGGUUUAUGUCCAAAUAUUGGAAUAAAAAGACUCAUGGAUAAGUGUCUCAUAACCAUGGAUAAUUCUUAUAAAUUUGGGAUGCAUGACUUGCUACAAGAUAUGGGUAGAGAAAUUGUUCGAGAAAAAUCCCCAAAAGAGCCUGGCAAACGCAGUAGGCUGUGGUAUCAUGAAGAUAUUCGCCAUGUACUUGAAGAAAAUACGGGAACGAACCAAAUUGAAGGCAUGCUGAUAGAUUUACCUAAAGAAGACUUGAUAUGCUUGAGUUCAGAGGCAUUCACGAAGAUGAAAAAUCUGAGAUAUUUUAUUAAUCAUAAUGCACGCUUCUCUAAGGCUCCUAGUUAUCUUUCUAACGAGUUAAGAGUGCUUAAUUGGAGUAGAUAUCCAUCGCAAUCAUUGCCAAAUAAUUUUCAUGGAAAGAAACUGGUUGAUCUUAGAAUGAGGUAUAGCCUCCUCAAGGAAUUGGGAGUGGGAUUGCAGAAUUUCCAGAACUUGGACAGAAUGAACUUCUCUCAUUCUGAAUUUCUGACAAAAAUUCCCGAUCUUUCUGCGAUGCCAAAUUUAAAGCGGUUGGAUGUUGCUUAUUGUAGAAACUUAGUUGAGGUUCAUGCUUCUGUUGGAUUCCUAAAUAAGCUUGAGCAUCUCUCAUUUGCCCAUUGCACUAAGCUUACCAGUUUGCCAACAAGCCUCAAGUUUAGACAUCUAAAAUGUCUAUGCGUUGAAGGUUGCUUAAGACUUCAAAAUUUCCCUGAAAUCUACAAGUUGAAGUUUUUCGUGAAGAUAGAUCAGUCUUCUUCAAAAGUUGCGGAGCCCAUCUGGUAUAGAAGAAUGAAAAGGAAGGGAAAGAUCGACAGAAGAGGAGUUCCUCAACCCUGGCCAUCAAUUUUGAAUUUGGAGGACACUGUAGCGAGUUUGGAGAAGGAUCUUACAAAUAAUUUUCAUCUUACAAAACAGGAGUUCCUCAACAUUGGCCAUCAAUUUCGAAAUUGGUGGACAAUCUAGCCAGUAAAAUAUUUGGGUCGAGAAAUUGUUAAUGAGUGUAAUCAAUAUUUUUGGAUGCUUGACUUGCUAUAAUAUUUGGGUCGAGAAAUUGUUCGACUAAAAUCGCCAAAAGAGCCUGGCAAAUGUAGUAGAUUAUGGUUUCACAAGAUGUUCGUCACCUGUUGGAAGAAAGUACAGUGAUGAUGACUGUGUUUCUUGGUUCUCCAACUCAGCAGCUCCAUUGAUCUUCAACAGAUGUAGCUUAAGAUGUAUACAAGGAAAGUAAUAACAGAGAGAUAUGAAAGCAGCAAUCAGGGGAGCUGGUCUGGUGCAGGAGGAUGAGGCAUAUCAGUAGCCGAAUCCAUAGUUGCCAUAUUACUCAGCAACCAGAGGAACAUAAUUAUGAGAUUUAUCUCCCUCGGUGUUUGUUUGUUUUUCUCUUCUUCCUCCUUUAGACCACCUAUGUUCUUGAACAAGUGGAUGGCGAUCUCGUUUCAAUUGCGGUGCACUGAAGACAUUGUUUGCUCUAUCACUAUGGGUGGCUGCAAAUUGUUUGAGUUUUAUGGUGGAGAAUCAGACCGCAAGGCUGUUGGCUAAGGAACUAUCUCCUCUCCAAGAUAUUGGUACACAGAAAAGCAUAGCUUUUAGUGUUGAUGGAUCUAGAAUUGCAACUGGGGGGGGUGGUGAGUAAAUGACUCAUAUUCCAAUCAAUCAUUAUCAUGUGCUUUCUGAUUUAUAUCAUCGCAAUCAAAUAUAGGUUGGGCAUCCAGAAUCUUUGAGUUGCCAAGCUUGCUCAUUACUUUAGAUGAACCAAAACCACUAAAAAAAUCAAGGGAUUUUUAAUUUUUGGGAUUUUCAAUUUUUAGUCUUGUAGAAUAUGUGACUGAUUUGUUUUAUUGUGAUUGUUUUAGUCUUGUAGAAUUACUACAUAAUCAUGCUGUUUCCCGAGUAGUGAAAGGAUUUCAGUUACUACCUGCUUUCACUUUCUGUGGCCACUUCAAGCUCCUAUUAUAUAAUUUAGUUCACUAAAUUUAUCUGUGGCCACUUCAAGCUCCUUGUAUGUAAACACUUGGACUCCUCUGAAAUUUUCUCCCCUUCACAUUGAGAUCUUGAUCAAACAGAAUCUAUCUCCUGCUUUGUACAAAAAUGUUAGAGAAGAUGAGACCAAAGCAAGACUUGAAGGCACGUGGAAAUGUCUAGCGGAACUUGCUGCUAAAAAAGUAAGGAAGAUGGGCCCACCACGUCUCUCCACGCCUUCAUUCGCUAAGAAUUCUCAUCUUUUAUAGGGAAGACAAAAACAAAAUUUGGUAUUUUCUAAUCUAUUGAGAACAUAUCAUGAUAUUAAAAUUAUUUUUGUAGGUGUCCAUUUCUAAUGGCAUGCCAUCCUCGAUGGAUUGGGAGGAUCACAUAUCUGUAUUUUAAGACUACUUAAUAAUUACUCAACAUGUAAAUAAUUAGCUUCUAGAGAUGACUAUAGCUCAAGUCUAACAAGCAUUUUUUCAUGCUGGUUUUGAAAGGAUUUUAUUAGCUUUGAGUUUGAAUAUAUAGAGCUAAAAGAUUUCCUGAAUUGAAGUAAAAACUCUGAAUUUUAUGUCCAAGUCUGUUGUUGUUUAUUGUGGCUGCUAGUGUUGUUUAUUUGAAGUAUUGUGGCUGCUGUUGUUGUUUAUUUGAAGUAUUGUGGCUGCUGCUGUUGUUUAUUUGAAGUAUAUGUACAAGUAGAGACAGACGAACCAACCUUAAAGACAUAAUGUGAACAAGUAGAGACACAUUUUCCCCUAGGAGUCACUUCUGAGUUCUGUGUCCUUUUGUUUUAGUAGAUGCUCGACUGACCGAGGGUCUUCAAUGCCAGAGGUGACAUGAAAGUUAUCCACUUCCUGAUCAUCAACACCAUUACAUACAUCAUUAUCCAACUUUUUCAAUAAUGAUUUAAUUUUAAAUCACUUGAAUGCAAAUGUUCUUACUUCUUAGCACAGGACUUUAGUACAUGCUCAAUUCAGCUUGUGGUGAAUGUAUAUUUACACGAGAGUUUCAGUUUAAUGCCAUCCAGCUCAAUUCAGCAUGUAGAAAUCUGUGAAAGCAUCUUUUGUACUGCAGAGUAAAACCCAAACGUGUUGAAAAUUAGUGACGACUUGUGUCUUUUUGAGGUGAAAAUGUAAUAACAGAUGUGUUUUUUUCAACGGUGUUGUAUUAAAUAUUUAGAAUGUGUUUGCUGCACUC